AUGUCCAAAUACGGAGAAGAAAAAUAUCGACAUAAAAUUUCAUUAGGAAAAACUAAUGAUUUAACAUCAAAUAAUAAUGAUUCAACACAUCGAUUAUCUAUUCAUAUUAGACAAGGUCAUAAUAAAUUUUGGUCAGAAUCAAUUUUACCAUUAUUAUUAUGUAUUGCAUGUCCAUUUUUUAUUCGAUCCAUUGUUUUCAUAUGUGAUUAUUGUCAUGGAUCAAUUAUGGAAUUUUUUUCACGUAUUCUAUUUGAUCAAACAAUGACAUUAAAACAUGUAUUAGUUAAUUUUUUCUAUUUUCAAUGGCAUUGGCCAUCAGCAUGUAUUAUUAUAUCAUUUUUAAUAUAUGCUGUUAUUAUGACAAUGUUAUUACCAGGUGAUGAAUAUGCUGGACCAAUAACCGAUACAGGUCAUGUACCAAUUUAUCGUAAUAAUGGUUUUACUUAUUAUGUUAUAUCAUUGAUUUUAUUUGCAUUAUUAACAAUAAUAUUGAAAUUAAAUAAUUAUUCUCCAACAUAUAUUUAUGAUCAUUGGGAAGAAUUUCUUUCAACUGUUAAUACAUUUGCAUUUCUUUUAUGUUUUUUUGUUAUACUUAAAGGUAAAUAUAUGCCAUCAACAAAUGAUCAUCGAUCAUCAUCAAAUUGGUUAACAGAUUUUUAUCGUGGUGUUGAACUUUAUCCAAGAAUAUUUAAUAUUGAUAUUAAACUUAUAACAAACUGUCGAUAUGGCAUGUUAUCAUGGGCACUUUUAUGUAUUAUUUUUUGUAUGAAAACAUUUGAACUUCAUGGUUAUACCGAUAGUGCAUUAGUUACAUGUUUAUUAAUACUUGUUUAUUUAACAAAAUUUUUUUGGUGGGAAUCUGGUUAUAUGAAAACAAUGGAUAUUAUUGUUGAUCGUGCUGGUUUUUAUUUAUGUUGGGGUUGUCUUGUAUGGGUAUCGGGUAUCUAUACUCUUCCAUCAUAUUUUCUUGUUACACAUCCAAAUAAAUUAGGAGCCUUUUUAACUAUGACUAUUCUUACAUUGGGUCUUAUGUCAAUUUUUAUUAACUAUGAUUGUGAUCGACAAAAAAUCUAUGUACGAUCAGCUAAUGGUCAAUGUAAAAUAUGGGGAAAACAAGUUAAUAUAAUUCGUGCUAAAUAUGUUUUAUUAAAUGGUAAAGAAUGUGAAAGUAUACUUUUGGCAUCUGGCUAUUGGGCAUUAUCAAGACAUUUUCAUUAUGUACCUGAAUUAACAUUAGCUUUUCUUUGGACAUGUCCAUGUGGUUUUCAUUAUAUUUUACCGUAUAUUUAUUUUAUAUUUCUCUAUAUAUUACUUAUACAUCGAUCGCAUCGUGAUGACCAAAAAUGUCGACUUAAAUAUGGUGUAGCUUGGGAUAAAUAUUGUCAACUUGUUCGAUGGAAAAUAUGUCCAGGAAUUUAUUAA